GCAGAUGUCCAGGUACACUUCUCAGACCUCUGUGUCUGUUGUCACCUCCUGGGAAGAAAAAAAAGGCAGUGUGAUCCAGUCAGCAAUGAUGCUGGCUUGAGGCCCUGUGGAUGGUGAGAAAGCAGCCUAGGCAGUGUGGAUGGCUUGGCAGUUGAGUGUUCUGGAGCUGGAGGACCAGCUUCAGUGUCCCAUCUGCCUGGAGGUCUUCAAGGAGCCCCUGAUACUGCAGUGUGGCCACUCCUACUGCAAAGACUGCCUAGUCUCCCUGUCCUGCCACCAGGACACCAAGGUACGGUGCCCCGUGUGCCGGCAGGCGGUGGAUGGCAGCAGCUCCCCCCCAAAUGUCUCCCUGGCACGGGUGAUCGAAGCUCUGCGGCUUCCUGGGGACCCGGAGCCCAAGGUCUGUGUGCACCACCGCAACCCGCUCAGCCUCUUCUGUGAGAAGGACCAGGAGCUCAUCUGUGGCCUCUGCGGCCUGCUUGGCUCCCACCAGCACCACCAGGUCACACCGCUCUCCACCGUGUACAGCCGCAUGAAGGAGGAGCUUGCAGCCCUCAUCUCUGACCUCAAGCAGGAGCAGAAGAAGGUGGAUGAGCAUAUCGCCAAACUGGUGAACAACAGGACUCGGAUUGUUAACGAGUCUGAUGUCUUCAGCUGGGUGAUCCGCCGUGAGUUCCAGGAGUUGCACCACCUGGUGGAUGAGGAGAAGGCUCGCUGCCUGGAAGGGAUAGAAGGACACACCCGUGGACUGGUUGCCUCCCUGGACAUGCAGCUGGAGCAGGCCCAGGGCACUCAGGAGCGGCUGGCACAGGCUGAGUGUGUGCUAGAACAGUUCAGCAAUGAGAGUCACCACGAGUUCAUCCAGAAGUUCUACUCCAUAACCUCCAGAGCAGAGCUCCAGCAGGCCCGGCCCUUGGAAGGUGCGUUCAGUCCCAUCUCCUUUAAGCCAGGCCUCCACCAGGCUGACAUCAAGCUGACCGUGUGGAAGAGGCUCUUCCAGAAAGUUUUGCCAGCCCCAGAGUCUCUCAAGCUGGACCCUGCCACUGCCCACCCCCUCCUGGAGCUCUCCAAGGGUGACACCGUGGUACAGUGUGGGCUUCUGGCCCAGCGACGUGCCAGCCAGUCCAAGUGCUUUGACUACAGCACUUGUGUCCUGGCCAGCAAGGGCUUCUCCUGUGGCCGCCACUAUUGGGAGGUGGUGGUGGGCAGCAAGAGUGACUGGCGCCUGGGGGUCAUCAAAGGCACGGCCAGCCGCAAGGGCAAGCUGAACAAGUCCCCGGAGCAUGGUGUGUGGCUGAUCGGCCUGAAGGAGGGCAAGGUGUACGAGGCCUUUGGCUGCCCACGGGUGCCCUUGCCAGUGACAGGCCACCCCCAGCGCAUUGGGGUCUACUUGCACUAUGAGCAGGGAGAACUUACCUUCUUCGAUGCUGACCAUCCUGAUAACCUGCGGCCACUCUACACAUUCCAGGCUGACUUCCAGGGCAAGCUCUACCCCAUCCUGGAUGUGUGCUGGCAUGAAAAGGGCAGCAAUUCCCUGCCCAUGGUGUUACCCCUACCUGGCAGGCCUGAUGCCCUUGGUCCCCUGCAGCCCACCAAGCUGUAGGGCUGCCAUAGUCCUGUCUGCUCACGGGCCCAUCCCAGAGGGGUACUGAGGACCCGAGGGAUUCCCCUGGGUCCCAAGGUGAUGUCUUCACCGUUUGGAAAGGUAUUCAGGCCUGUGUGUUUUAGAACAUAAAAUGGGGGAGAGAAGGACGAUAAACCCUUUCCACUCAGUUAACUUCCACCUGAGUGAAUGGGGCCAGGCCUUGGCAUCCACAGGACACACUAAGCUCCCCCAGUCCCUCCAAAUGUGUUCUUUGUGCUGACUCUUCCAACUGAGAAUGAAACAUCCCCUAUACACCUUUUCCUUAUCAUCGUUGACUUUCAACAGCUAUUAAGGACAAUCAAUGAGAUUAUUUUUCUCUUUAAAUGAUCUGCAAAUAUUAGUUGUAUUUGUGUGUGUUUUUUUAUUUCUUCCUCAGGAAGAAACAUUUAAUAGGGACCUAAUGAACAGAAGCUAUGUCUUGGAAGGUGGUGAGGUGAGAAGGGGGAUGCCCACCAUUAUCCCCAGACCCAAGGCUUAUGUACCACAGGAUUGAAGCGGGGAGGACAAGUGAAAUGCACCCCUCAGGGAGAGGCUAGACAGGACGUGGAUCUGCCUGAGCCCAGGUCUGACGGUAACAGAUAAAGAAGAAAACUUAGAGGCAUUCCUGAGCAGGGGUUAAUGUUAACAUGGUGGGUCAGCAUCCAAGGUAGGGUUACUUUAGCAUCCAUUCUCUACUCUGCAAUUCAGCUUUUAACAAUCUCACACCCCCUCUUCCUCUGGAGUGGUCCCUGAGACUUUGGGGGUGGGUGCUCCAUAGAGUAUAACUUUAGCAGCAGAAGACAGAUGGGGCUCAAGUGGGAAUUCAAGUGAGGGGUGUUUGCAGGUUUUGAAUCAUCUCUAGUCUUUAGAAUACCAUGAUUUGGUCUUCUAAUUUCCCUAAGCAGUGAGUAGCUCAGAAGGAAAAAUUUUUCCUGACUCUUCAGAGUAGCAGCCUUCCACACAGAAUGUUGUCUGUUCACCUUGGAACUGCCACCCACAGACCAAGCAGCUCUUCACAGUUCCAGAGUCAACUGAAUAGAAGCUUUGUCUCAGGCAAUGGCGAGAUGAGAUGGUGGGUCCCCUUAUGUGUGAAUCUUUAAAAGCAGCUCUAGCCAGGCAGGUGGCUUAUGCCUGUAAUCCCAGCACUUUUGAGGACCCUGAAAACACAAUGGCAUUCUCCUGCACUCAUUUGAUAAAUCCUCCCUUUUGUUUGGGCACCUGGGCAGGGACCAACAGCAGUCCUUGGCUUUCACACAUCCCUGAAUCUCCUCCUGCCUUUUUGAGUCUCCUUCAAGAAUUCAUCCUCUCAUCUUGGCCACUCAAAAGUAUGAAGGCCUCAUGGUCUCUUCCUGUUGUCUACACAUCCAAACGAUGGCUUCAGCUGUCACUUCUACUGGGAUGACUCAGCAGUUUACUCUCAGUAGACCUGUCCCUGUAGAUCCACUAUAGCCUCCAGCUACGUGGCAGCUCUGUUUGAAUGUCAAAGACACAGCAUGAUCUUCCCCAAAUUUAAUAUGUGGCUGAGGUUUCC